AUGGCUGCCUUCAGUGAUGUCGGUGCGAUAUGUUCCGAAGCCUCCUGCCGUCGACAGGUGAGGGCAGCGGUGAAGCGGAUUUUUUGCCCACCUCCUGCUUCGCCUGCAAGCGAUUAUUUUGCCGUCGCCUUGGCCAACGGGAUUUUGGAAGCGCUGCCUGGGACAUCUCAGAUCUACUCCGCUGGCAGGCCGGGUUGCAAGGAGCAGAUCAGCGCGCACAACGCUUUGCAGUGCCAAAGAUGUGGUCAGAUGGUUUGUGUCCACCACCGCUUUGAAGACCAGCAUCCUUGCGUGGACUUGGAGGCCGCAGUGAAGGAAGCCUUGAAAGUUGCUCGAAAGUCCUUGAGGCAAGAGGAAUUCGCAGAAGCAGUGCGAACUUUGGGAAAAGUUUUCGGCAAUAUCCUGUCGCAGCCGAAGAAUGAGAAAUAUCGGAGCUUGAGAAAAGACAAUGCAGUGGUGAAGGAGAAACUAAAGCAUCCCUCCUGCAUUGCAUCACUGCAGCUGUGUGGAUUUUUUGACGACGGCGAUUUUUUUGUUUGCCCAGAUUCCAGAGACCUGACCACUAUGCGGCGGGUUUGUGGUCUGUUGAAGGAAGUGCCUCUCACGGAAGGUGUUCGGAUCGUGGAUGGAGUCAUUAUGCGCCCACCAAAGGUGGAAGCGAAAGAGACGACAUCGAGCUCCACAAACAGAGGCUAUGUAGCUACGCCUUCCAGGCCACCUCCCGUUGCAGGGUCAAACGCGCGACCCAAAUCUGCGUUUGACUUUCAGCGCCGGGAGCGAGACACACAGCAGGCACAAGCGGAUGAUCUGCAAGAACUCAGACGGCAGCAGAAGGAACAGCAGAAGGGCCUGCAGUGCGCCAGUCGGGAGAUUCUGGAUGUUGCGUCCAGUAAUCGCCUGGAAGCACCACUAAGUUGCAAAAUUCUGUGA